UACUCCUGUUUAUGCAUAAAGAAGCAUAGAGGAUUGGGAAACAGUUCAUUGAGGAGAGUUUAGUCCCCUCUGGAAAUCUUCCCAGUCCCCAUAUCUUUCCUCCCUGGUAAGUUACUGGUGAAAUUACUUGGCCUGGCCUGUGGCUGGACCAGCUGAAUUCUUCCAUCUUUCUGUACUUCCCAUUACCAGUGGUUUCUUCUAAUGUAGCAGAAGCCAAUAAGCAGGCUGCUUGAGAACUACAGUUUCUGAUACUGCAGACAAUAGUCUUCUCUAGGUAAAGGAUCAAGGUCAGGCCCUUAAUAUGUAUCAGCAGAUCAAACUGAGCAAUAUCCCCUGAACAUUUACGUUUUACAUAGUAGAUCGGCUGAUUUCCUUAGGCUUUUGGGAAGACCUGCCAUCAGUCUGAGAGGGACUAGUCAAAGGGGCAGAAAAGUUUGUGCCAAUUGAGAGGCAGACUGUAGCAAAUAGAGUCAGGAAAGAAAUGUCGAAGGGAAGAUCCCAGUUUCAUCUGGUUUUUGGUUGUUUCUUUUGUGAAAGUUGUAGUUGAGGUGGGAUGUGAGUGUUUCCCACCCCUUUCUCCCAUUAAUUAUGUUCUACAGUCUAUGACUUAUGUCUCACAGUCAUGCAGCAACUGUUCCUACCACAGCCAUGUGAAUUUCAGACUCUAGACUUCACAAAGCCUUGAUGCUGUGUGUGGACUCCUGAAGAAAUGGAGAGGAAGACUUGUUCUUCCAAAUAAAAACCAAACAGGAAACCAAAAACCCCAAAGUCUUUCUGAGCAUUGGUAAUGAGGAAACAGGAUCUGAAUCUGAACUCAAGCUGUUAAAUCAGCAUAAAUCUACAAAGUUCUAGGAGGGAGAACAGCUGGGCUGGUAACAUAGAAGCGGAGCCCUGGGGCCUAAGUAGUUAACACACAUAAUGCCUCAAGGUCUAGGCAAUCUGUUGAGUGCUCAUUGCAUUACAUGAACAAUAGACUCUCACUCUAGAGGUGGUUAUUGGUUGGUCUCUUUCUUCCAAGUUAAUAUCUCUGUCCAUGCUCACAGGAAAAGGAAAAGCACAUUGCAGGAUGCAGUGCCCUUCUAGUUUGGUAGCUUAAUUUUGCCCCAUCCAGAGUUCGGACUCUGACAGACAUUCCUUGAAGCUGAGCAUGGGAAAAAUCCAUCAGUCAGCAAUAGCUGGUUGUUAUAGUGGCUCCUGAGCAGAGCCACGUUUUCCAGCUGUCACUUUUGGGAUCUUAUUCCAUCACUUGUGUUUGGGGCAGGCCAGCCAGGUAACUUUCAAUAGCCUGCUUUCCCUUUUCUUUCCUAGGUAUUGUAGAACAGUAGAACAUUGUAGACUCCCGAGCCCUGGGACAGAAGCAUCUGGCUUGCUUAGUAGACUGGCUUUUUAGUCCUUGAAGCAGGCUGAAGAGACAUGCCGUAAAGGAGGGAGCCACCUGUAACUUACCGCCUUUGUGCUGAGCCUUGUGUUUUAGGGAUGUGUGGUGCUCCCCUGCCCUCCUAGCCUGGUCUGCAAGCCUCAUCCGCGAUCGGGCAUUGGAAGUUCAGUCUCACCUAUGACAGUGUGCUGCCAUCUGCUGCCGAAACCCUUUGUUGCGGGCUUUCCUGCAAUUCUGGGCUCAGCCACCAUCUUCAGGGGCUGGCUGGGCCUCCAGGAAUCGGGGGAGUGGCAGGUGGGAUGCAGGCAGACACCACCUGAGACCUGGCUAGCACUGGUGAGGUGCUCUCUGAAAAGAAACUGCAGCUGGCGAUUUGCACUUUGAUAAUUUGGCAGUAAUGGAACUGGUGCUUUCAAAUGUACCCAUGUUCUGCAAUCCUAAUGCCCUCUGUGUUUCCCUGCUGCACAGAAAGCCUUGUGUGGGGCUUGGAAUCAAGCUGUGCCAGGGCAGGCACAUAUCUCCUCUUGUGGUCUAGUGUAUUUACAGCACCUCCUGAGACGAAGAAGUGUGAGCACCACCCCCAGAAAUACCCACCAUGGCUCCCAUGGCUGAUCUCACUGUUGCUCCUCUUGACAUGCAUUGCCCUUGUUGUUGUUCUCCUUGUGGCUCCCUUCUCCCACAGCAGUGACCAGCCCACAGCCCUGCAGGAGAAAUUCACGGCGUGGGAGUGCGACUCAGCGGUGUCAGAAAACAAAGGCCGAGGCUGGAUGUGCUGCCCGAAGGGCUGGAGAAGGUUUCAAAACAGCUGCUAUUUUCUGUCCCUUGAUAAGAUGCCCUGGUCUGAGAGUGAGCAGAACUGCACUGGGAUGGGCUCCCACCUGGUGGUGAUCAACAGUGAGGAAGAGCAGGUUUUCCUCUCUAAACAGAUAAAACCAAUUCUAAAAGCAGAGAAUUUCUACAUCGGUCUGAGAGCAGAGAUUGUGGAUCAGUGGCAGUGGGUGGACAAGACUCCCUAUGAUGUAACAGCAGCGUUCUGGCGAAGAAAUGAACCAAGCGAAGGUGAUUCUGAGAUGUGUGUUGUAAUGCAUAGGGAUUCAGAAAUACCCAACAACUGGAAUAAUGUCGAAUGUCGGAUGUUUUAUCGGAUUUGUGAAGCUGCUGCUGUAACUGUGUGAUGGAAAUACCCCCAUCUUUAGUAAAAGUGGGAGAUGAGCAGUGAGCUGAGACUGGCAGAGGGCUGUGCUGGAGGGGUGGGGAGCCCUGAAGCCUGCAUCUUCACUGUGCUGUGUGGGAAAAUGGAAGUGGAAGUGAUACGACCCUUUGUCCAGCAUCCCCAGUGCAUCGAGGGGCUGAGGGAACACUUGAAGGCUGAGGGUCAUCAAAGUUGGUCCUGUGUUCUUGUGUCCUCUUCUCUCUGAGUGGGUCCAGAGGCCACUGGCAGAAAAGACAUGGAGUUCUCCAGGAAGAAGACACAGGAAUGGAAGACAGAUGUCCUGAGCUGCAUUUUCUUUCUCUCCUUCAGCAGAAGUCUCUGCUUUCUGUUGAGUCACACGCAGAAUGUCCUCCAGUUGCACUGGUUUUGUUGAACAAGUUCUGAAAUUUAUGCAAGAGAAAAUACAGUAUUAGACCAAUAAAAAAGUCUCUGUGCAGUGUGUGUA